UCCAGUGUAAACUGUGUCUGUGUGAAGGAAGCGGCAUAGAGCGGGGUUACUGCGCCGUGUGACUUCACUCCUCCAGGCUGACAGUACCACAGGUGGGCACAGGGCAUAGUGUACCCCGCGGUGUGUGCCGUGCUGCCCGCUCCUUCACUCUUCUUCCUCACAGCUGACAUGCCACCCAAGAGCCCCCGGAGAGGAGCCCCCAGCCGCCCCCAGGAGCAGCAGCGCAGCAGUGGAGGGGAAGAAAUUGGUGACCAAGAUUUUGCUGCGUUAUGUGAGAAACUAAAAAUAUCUUCUCCUGUGAGAUUGCGGGCCUGGCAGACAUAUGAGAAGAUGUCUUCAGAUAGGGCGCUGCAGGACACACUACAGAAGACCGAAGCUUUGGGACUUUGCCUGUUUAUUGCCUCUGUCAACUCUGAUGACAUGACCUUCACGUUUACUGAACUUCUAAGGGCUUUAAAUAUAAGUGUCAGCAAAUGUUUUGGCCUUCUGAAUCAAAUUGAUAUGAACAUGGAUAAUCUGAGCACCAAAGUUGACAAUGCAGUCUCAAAGCUUAAGAAAAAAUUUGAAACAACAUGCCACUUGUAUCAAAAGUUCCAGAGCACAUUUGACAACAUUUUUAUGGAACAGACAAAUAAUCAGACCACUGCAGAUUCGAAUAACCUUUACAUUAUGAAAAGCUGUUGGAUCACCUUCAUUUUAGCUAAAGGGAAAGUUUUACAGAUGGACGAUGACUUGGUGAUCUCCUUCCAGUUGCUGCUGUGUGUGCUGGAAUUUUUUAUCAAGCGGUCACCUUCAGAUGUUCUCAAGGAACCAUAUAAGAGUGCAGUGAAUGGGAUUUCUGUCAAUGGACCAACCCGUGCGUCCCGACGCGGUCAGAACAGGAAUACGUGGAUGUCACAGCCGUCUGAAACGGACACCAGGGUUAUAGAAGCUCUUUGUAAGGCGAACGAAUGUCCUGUUGAUGAGGUAAAAAAUGUCUUUGUCUCCAGCUUUGUUGACUUUCUGGACUCCGCUGGGAUUUCCUGUGUUGAUGGCCUCCCAAAGGUUGAUGUAAUUUCCGAACAAUAUGAAGAGCUUUAUCAGAAAAACAAAGACAUUGAUGAAAGGCUGUUUUUGGAAAAAGACAACACUCUGAAGGUUGAUUACAGAGAAAGUUUGGAACAGGAGCGAACGCCUCAAAAGAAUAAUUUAGAAGAAGCUCCUCUUAUUCCUCCACAGACACCAGUCAGAGCUGCAAUGAACACUAUUAACCAGUUGAUGAAUAUUUUACAUUCGUCCAGUGACGAACCAUCAGAAAUUCUUAACUUGUACUUUGAGAACUGCACAGUAAAUCCAAAGACCAUGAUAACCGAGAGAGUGGAACGUUUGGGUCUAGUGUUUAAAAAAAGAUUUGCAAAUGCAUUUGGACAAGCCUUUGCAGAAAUCGGAUACCAGCGAUACAAGCUUGGGGUGCGUUUGCAUUACCGGAUCAUGGAAUCUAUGUUGAAAUCGGAACAAGAGCGCUUGUCGGUGCAGAACUUCAGCAGGUUGUUAAAUAAUGACACUUUUCAUACAUGUCUGUUGGCUUGUGCUGUUGAAGUGGUCGUGGCUACUUACAGAAGAAACCUUUUUCAAAGUUUGUCAAAUUCAGAAAGUGCCAUAUCCUUUCCAUGGAUUCUCAGUGUCUUUCAACAGAAAGCAUUUGACUUUUUCAAGGUGAUCGAGAGCUUUAUUAAAGCCGAACCAAGUCUAACGAAAGACAUGAUCAAACACCUUGAGCACUGUGAACACAUGAUCAUGGAGUGCUUGGCCUGGCAAUCAAAUUCUCCUUUGUUUGAUCUGAUCAGACAAACUAGAGAUCGGGAGGGAACAGAUCACCCUGAAACACCAAGCACAGUACCACAGCCGUCACAACACAAUCCUACUGCAGCCGAUCUCUACCUCUCACCUACAAGAAAUGUGCACAAGUGUGCUGCCCCUAGUGUCCACGUAACAUCCAGUACAAAUGGGCAGAGCGCACCUGCUUCCCAGCCCCAGCAGAGAUCUACCUCACUUUCCGUUUUUUAUAAAAAAGUGUACCGUCUGGCUUACCUCAGGCUGCAGAGCCUAUGCAACAGCCUCUUACAUGACCAUCCAGAAUUUGAGCAGAUCAUCUGGACACUCUUCCAACAUACCUUACAACACGAAUAUGAACUGAUGAAGGACAGACACUUAGACCAGAUUAUGAUGUGUUCCAUGUAUGGCAUUUGCAAAGCUAAAAACAUUGAUCUCAGGUUUAAGACCAUUGUGACAGCGUACAAAAAGCUAACGAACACAAACCAAGAGACGUUCAAGCAUGUGUUAAUCCGCGAAGGACAGCAUGACUCUAUCAUCGUCUUCUAUAACCUGGUCUUCAUGCAGAAACUAAAAACUAACAUUUUGCAGUAUGCAUCCCCAAGGCCCCCAACCUUAUCCCCAAUUCCUCAAAUCCCACGAAGUCCCUAUAGAUUUCCAAAUUCUCCUUUAAAGGUUCCUGUGGGAAAUAACAUCACUGUUUCCCCUUUAAGAAGUCCAUACAAAUCAUCUGAUGGACUGCUUUCACCAACAAAGCUCACUCCAAGAACUAGGAUCUUGGUGUCCAUUGGUGAAUCAUUUGGGGCAUCUGAGAAGUUUCAGAAAAUCAAUCAGAUGUUGAGCAGCACAGAACGACCCAUAAAGAGAUAUGCAGAUGGUACUGCCCCAAAACCACUAAAGAAGCUUCGCUUUGAUGGUCAUGAUGAAGCAGAUGGGAGCAAAACUCUUUCUGCCGAAUCAAAAUUCCAACAAAAACUUGAAGAAAUGAAAUCUACAAGGACAAGAAUACAGAGGCAAAAGUCAGAGGAGUUCUCAGACUCAACAACAGAAGAUUCUAUAAAGAAGGAAGACUAGUGGGAAAUAAUCUUCAAACCCCAUUACGCUUACUAAUGUACUCCAGCUCAUUAUUUUCUUUCUGGAAACGUCAUUCUACAUGUUAAUACCUCUUUUUUAAACUAUUACUUGACUAUUACAGUUUUCAGAAGUAGUUUAUAGGAUGGUGGUAACCUACAUUCCUCUGGACACGUCUACAACCUGCCCCGACACAACCAGAAUAUUAGAACUCCUUAAAGGGGUUAUCCCACAAAUCAAAACUAGUUUUUAGGCCUCAUGCACAGUCCGCAAAACACGUAUUUUAUUUCUGUGUUUUGCGGACUGUAUGCGAAACCACUCAUUUCAAUGGGUCCGCAAAAAAAAAAAAAGAAGUAAAUUACUCAGUGUGCAUUAAGUUUCCAUAUGUCCGUUCUGCAAAAAAAAUAGAACAUGUCCUCUUAUUGUCCACAUUACACACUAGGAUGGAACUGUUCUACCAGGGGCCAGCUGUUCCAUUCCGCAAAAUACGGAAUGCACGCGGACGUCAUCCGUAUUUUUUGCGGACCGCAAAAUACAUACGGUCAUGUGAAUGAGCCCUUACUCGCAUAUCUAGAGGUCUUCCCUUUUUGGGUGGGUAGCAGCUAAUCAAGCACCUGUAUCAGGAUGCAUUGCAAUUUGCUCAUUAACCCCUUCCUCACCUGCAAAGAAAAUACUCUCACAUAUAGCCCCAGAGGUAUAUAUGGUAUGUAAUCUCCUCCCCCAAUUAGCUUCUCCACUGUAUAGAGAUGGCUAUAGCUAUAUAUUUCUGUGAAUUUACACGUAGGGACAAAUGAAGAAAAGGUGAGAGGAGAAAGAGCGCAGAGAAGCUACGGAGCAUGUCAGUCCACCACUGAAUACAGGAGAAGGUGGUCCAAAAGAAUAAACAUUAGGGGGAGCUACCAAAGAGGAAAAUGUUCAUAUAAUAUACAUAUAUUACAAUAAUCAUUUGCAGUGCCUAAUUCAUUGCAUAGUAUUACUUUUCGUGGGAUGGCCCCUUUAAGCCUGAAGCCCCACGUAUGAAUGGUUAUACGGAAAGGUGUCCUUACCCCUUCUAAAGUAGGACUGUAGAGUGCACUAUUUAUUUCAAUCGUAUCUUACUUGAAUUUUAUUUAAAUGUUGUUCACGUUUUCACUUGAGCCUGAUGGUCACUCGCUAAUUCCUACUACUGAAGACAACUGGUUACCACUGAUAUCCUAGGUGAACCCCCUGCACAUUCACUGUGUGACUGCAGCUCCAUCUUGUGCUCUGCUGUACAUUUAGGUGCCAGGUUCUUUAUGGAGCAUUGCGCUUCACUCUUUAUCUACUAAUAUCUCAAGUUUAAAUCUCAGAAAUAAGGAAACUGGAUUUUCCUAUUCAUAUACAUGCAAACGGCACUGAUGGAGUUUUUAAUUAUGACUUCCUUCUCCCUUCCUAUUAUCUCAGGUAAAGAAGGAAACUAUGUUUAAAAAGAACAAAAAAUGAAACCGUACGUACUGUUUGAAAAUGUGGAUGCACGCUUUGAUAAUACCAUUGAGACCAUAUGGUUUUUUUUUAAAUACAAAUUUGAAAGAAGCGGCCUUGGACAUAUGUUUUCCUAUUCAAAACAGAAAUGCUGUUCAUUCUGUAUAAGAUAACGGUUCCAUGUCUGGAUGGUGCCAUGUAAUCAGUCUGUGUAUAACCAUAAAGAUUAGUUUACUUAACAAUAUGGUUGCAGUCUAAAAGACACUUAAAGGGGUAUUCCAGUUGUGACAAUUUAUCUCCUAUACACAGUAUAGGAGGAUAACUAUUAGACCAGUGGAGAUCCUACCGCUAAAUAUCCCCACCAAUCACGAGAAUGGAGGCACCUCAUACCCCUGAAAUGAACGGAGCAGCAGGUUGAGAAUGCACACUGUCGCUCCAUUCAUCUCUAUGGGAGUUCUGGAAAUAACUGAGUGCUGUACUCGGCGGUCUUUGGAACUUCCUUAGAGAUGAAUGGUGUGGCAGUGUGCAUGCUCCACCUGCUGCUCUGUUGAUUUUGGGGUGGGGGGGCUUAAUGG